AUGGCAACCAAAAUAAUCUAUUUCACUGUGAAUGGGAGACCAGAGCGAGCAGAAUUCCCCAUUGACUGUCCUGCCCAAGAUGUGAAAGAUCUGUUUCGAGCUGCAGCUGAAGCUGGACCCCAUGACAUCCUGAAGCUCUACAAUCCUAAAGGAAACAUCAUCAACAUCUCCCCUCAGCUUGCUCCAAACAGCCCUCACUCCUGCUACAAACUUGAGGUGGUGGCAGCAGACUGCAACAGUGAGCAUUUAGGUUCAGAGCUGGCUGUUGCACUGGGAUUUGACCUCUCCUCCAUGGAGAAAAGGUUACAGAGCCUGGAGAAAAAGAUUUUGGUUGAAGCAGGAGAAACUCCAUCCAUUGUGUAUGAAAUGAAGAGACAGGUGGAAUCAUUCAGAGAAAAACUUGAGAGUGUGGAACAUCUUAGCUGGUUGGGUCUCUUUAAGGAGCUCUCUGAAAGUACCCACAAGCCCUCCCCUUUCUAUCACAAGAGAACGCUUCGCAAAACACGUGAGGAGUGUGAACAUGUCAGAGAAAAGUUCCUCCAGAUGAGUUCCCUUGAGGUAUCUGAGGAGGUGAGGCAGUAUCUGAAGACGCCUACGUUUGAUAACUGGCAGUGGGAAGAUGCUGAGAUCAUGGUGCUCCUGCAGGUCAUGUACACAGACCUGGACUUUAUCUCCACCUUUAACAUUGAGCUGGAAGCGCUGCAGCAGUUCCUGUAUGAGGUUUACCGUCGUUAUAACAACAUCCCCUUCCACAAUUUCAAGCACUGCUUCUGCGUCACUCAAAUGAUGUAUGGGCUGAUAUGGCUGACCGACCUUAAGAAUAAAAUUGACAGCAUUGACCUCUUGACCAUGCUGACUUCUGCUGUUUGUCAUGAUCUAGACCACACAGGCUAUAACAAUGCCUAUCAGAUUAAUGCUCGCACUGAACUUGCCUUGAGGUACAAUGAUAUCUCUCCCCUGGAAAACCAUCAUUGUGCUGUAGCCUUUGAGAUCCUUGAAAAGACUGAAAGCAACAUUUUCCGGAACCUGUCAACAGAACAAUACAAAAAGAUAAGAGAGGGGAUCAUCAAGUGUAUUCUUGCCACUGAUAUGACAAGGCACAAUGAGAUCCUGAAUAAGUUCAAAUCCAUUCUUCCUGUGUUUGACUUCAACAAUAAGGAUCAUAAAGAUGUGCUGAUGAUGAUCAUGAUCAAAGUUAGUGACAUCUCCAAUGAGGCAAGACCAAUGGAUGUGGCAGAGCCAUGGCUGGACUGCCUUCUACAGGAGUUCUUCAAUCAGAGUGACAUGGAGAAGCUGGAAGGUCUCCCUGUAACCCCGUUCAUGGACCGGGAUAAGGUGACAAAGCCAUCGUCCCAAACUGGCUUCAUCCGCUUUGUGCUUUUGCCUCUCUUUAUUGAGCUGGCUAAUCUCUUCCCCUGUCUAGAGCAACAUAUCAUCGAUCCUGUGCGGAAAGCCCUGGACUACUAUACUAAGAUGGAGAAAGCCCUGGAGAGGGAGAAACAGAAUUGGGCCCAGAGUGAAAACACUUCCAAGCUCAAAGAGACAAAUACUUCAAAGGAACUUGAAACCCAGCCAGAACCUGGGGGGUCCUGA